AUGGAAUAUGCCAAGGACUGUAAAUUAUGUCCCAAUGACUGGAUAGUGCAUCAGGGCAAUUGCUACUGGAUAUCUCAAGACAAAAGAAACUGGACCCAGAGCCAAGAUGACUGCAGAGCAAAGAACUCCACACUGCUUGUGAUUCAGAAUCAGGAGGAGAUGGCCUUCAUAAGUAAAGAAAUACAAAAGACACACUACUGGUUGGGGCUCAUAGCCAUGUACUCUGAAAGGUGGACCUGGGUGGAUGGAUCCCCCUUAACGAAAGAACUGUUUUCUGUAACAGGCCCUGCUCAAGAGAACAGCUGUGGGCUGAAAAAGAAGGAUGUGGUUAUUUCGGACUCUUGCAGUUCUCUUGCUCGUUGGGUAUGCAUGAAGGCUGCUUUCCAAAUCUGAGCCCAGCUAUUGGGCUACUUUGCACAUCACGAAUAGCC